CUUUAACAGUAAUUCACAGUGUUGUCUGUCAAACAUUUGAGUUGAAUAUUGAAGAAGUUAAACUCUGAUGAGAAAGAACAAAUAAGCAUUAUUGGAACGAUAAAGCAUUUAUUUUUUUGUAGAAUCAGUACAUUUAUGAGAAUAGAUAAACCACCAUCUUGCACAUGUAGCCCAAGUUGCUACACCAUUAGUUCAAAGUUUUUGAAGCGGAUGGAAAUUCACGUCUAAACAAGAUUAAUCCUAUCCUAUUUUGUAUCUUAACCUAAUUGGCUGUUAACUAAGUAUUGCUUAAUUACAUUACUACAACGUUUGUUGCUUUCUGGUGCCAAGUGACAUGGGAUCUAAUCUUAUCAGGGGUCAAAACACAGGUAUAAAAGGUAAAAUCAGAUGUGUAGCACCAGUCCCCCGAGGAGGCUGCAAGUGAGAAGAACGCUUCACAUUUAAGAACCUCCUUCUAAGAUCAGGAUGGCAGAAAAGUGGGGAGAACCAGUGUUUGCUGCGAGGCGACACUAUGACCAGACAACACGAGAGUCUAUGUUUGUUUACACAGACAGCAAUAAUACCAGAGGUCCUUUUGAGGGUCCUAAUUACCACAUUGCUCCUCGAUGGGUUUACAACCUUGCAACACUCUGGAUGUUAUUUGUGGUUGUCGCGUCAACCUUCACCAACGGUCUCGUCUUGGUCGCCACAGCAAAAUUCAAGAAACUCCGCCACCCUCUGAAUUGGAUCUUGGUCAAUCUUGCAGUUGCUGAUCUUAUAGAGACACUUUUUGCCAGCACCAUCAGCGUAUGCAACCAGUUUUUUGGUUACUUUAUUCUGGGACACCCCAUGUGCAUGUUUGAAGGUUUUAUUGUCGCAACUAGUGGUAUUACGGCUCUCUGGUCUCUGGUUGUCAUCUCAUGGGAGAGGUGGAUCGUUGUGUGCAAACCAUUUGGAAACACAAAGUUUGAUGCUAAAUUGGCUAUAGCUGGGAUUGUCUUCUCUUGGACCUGGGCAGCAGGGUGGAUGGCUUGUCCCCUCUUUGGUUGGAGCAGAUAUUGGCCUCAUGGACUGAAGACUUCCUGUGGGCCUGAUGUAUUCAGUGGAAAUGACGAUCCUGGAUGCCGGUCCUUCAUGGUUUGCCUUAUGAUCUCAUGCUGUAUUAUUCCCCUUGGAAUCAUCAUUGUGUGCUAUCUUGCCGUCUGGUGGGCUAUUCAUUCAGUUGCCAUGCAACAGAAGGAAUCAGAAUCAACCCAGAAAGCCGAGAGAGAAGUAUCCAGGAUGGUUGUUGUCAUGAUUUUUGCAUACUGUUUCUGCUGGGGACCUUACACCUUUUUUGUCUGCUGGGGUACGGCUUACCCUGGAUAUUCAUUCCAUCCUCUUAUGGCUGCCUUGCCUGCGUACUUUGCCAAGAGCGCCACCAUCUACAACCCAAUCAUCUAUGUAUUCAUGAACAGACAGUUCCGCUCAUGCAUCAUGCAGCUCUUUGGCAAACAAGCGGAUGAUGGCUCUGAAGUAUCUUCUACAUCAAAGACAGAGGUCUCCUCUGUGGCUCCUGCAUAAACCUUUGUGUUCUCUGUUUUGGAAACAAACUACUAUGACUUGUACAGAAAAGAUUUAUUGGUUUAUUUAUCUCCCUCUUUUUAGUAAAUAGCUUUCUGGCAAAUUGAAAAUCCAAAAAAUAUAUACAUAAAGCAAAUAAAUCAUUA